CUUCAUGACCUGUCCCAUAGCUGUCUCUCAUGGCCUCUCCUUCUUCGAAAUCCCAAUUCCCUAUCUAUAUAUGAACCGAAGCCAUGAACCUAAACAUCCAUCUCUCAAAUACCCACAAACCAAGUUUCUAUUUUCCUCUGUUUACAGUUUACACCUUUCUUUAUAUAGAAAGAUGGCUUCUUCUUCAAAUUUUGAAGAUUUCUUGCCUCUUAUGGCCAACAAGCUAGGUGGUGACGGUCUUGUAGGAGAACUAUGCAACGGUUUCAAUCUUUUGGUGGAUAGUGAAAAGGGUGUCAUCACUUUUGAUAGUCUUAAAAAGAACUCAGCUUUAUUGGGUUUGCAAGAUUUGAGUGAUGAUGAUUUAAGGUGUAUGUUAAGAGAAGGUGAUUUUGAUGGUGAUGGAGCACUUAAUCAGAUGGAGUUUUGUGUUUUGAUGUUCAGAUUGAGUCCUGAGUUGAUGGAAGAGUCUCAGUUUUUGUUAGAGGAAGCACUUUUACAGGAAUUCAAACAUUAUUGCUAAUUUUUUUACCUUUUUUUUUACUAUAAUUGUUCCCAUUUUAUGGGGAAACAUCUUAUCUCUCUUUAUUGGUUGUAAUGACUUGUAUUAUUGGAUCAUUGAAUAUAGUGAACAAAAGAUUAGAAAUUGAAACAA